AUGGCACCUAGGCGUGAGCAGAACCUUCAAGACGUCUAUGUGCGUGAUCAGAUGAAUCAAAUGGAGCAGAGGUUGGUGCAAUUGAUAGAUCAACGACUUGAGGGAAUAAUGGAUGUGAUGACCCAAAGGAUGGCGGCGAUGAUGAAUAACCAGAUACCAAACGGUACCCAAACUAAUGUUGGUUCUGGUGAAGAGGUAACUCAAUACAGGAGAGGUCCUACGGAGUACGAUCAGAGGCAAUGGGAGAUGGGGAUGCGCACCGAGAUUCCUGAAUUCUAUGGACGCCUACAACCAGAGGAGUUCCUUGAUUGGUUGAUGAUUGUGGAGGAGAUCUUUGAAUUCAAAGGCGUGCCAGAAGACAAACGCGUGCCUUUGGUGGCUACUAGGCUUCGGAAUAUAGCCACUGCAUUGUGGCAGCAACUGAAGCUAACUCAAAACCUGUUGAGAAAGCCGAAGAUCUGUACCUGGGAGAAGAUGAAGAAGUAUUUGCGCGCGCAAUUCCUCCCUUAUAACUUUCAAAGGCUGAUGUAUCAAAGGUUGCAGAACUUGAAGCAGGGUACCAAGUCGGUGGAUGAUUAUACCAUGGAGUUUUACCAACUUGUGGCCCGGAACGAGAUUCAGGAGAUGGAGGAUCAGUUGGUGGCGCGCUAUAUUGGAGGAUUGAGGAUGCAGAUUCAGGAUACUGUUAACAUGUUUGAUACUGUUUCUGUUUCUGCAGCUCAUCAGAGGUCUCUACAGGUGGAGAAGCAAGGAAAGCAUAAUCCUAGUAUUUCUGGGAUGCAUAGCAGUGGCGCUAGCAACAGCAAUUCCCCUAAUGGCGUGAGUCGUGCUGAAUCGAGUUUUGGCUGUGGAGAAUCGGGCCAUAGGCUAUCUGAAUGCAAGAAGUCCACCGGCAAGAAGGUCCUUCUCAUUGAAGAAGCAGAGUUUGAAGAGGAAGAUGAAGAGGUAGCAGUAGAAGAGCAACCCGAUAAUAAGCAAGUUAUCGGAGGAGAUGUUGGUACUGCAUUGGUUGUUAGGCGAUCUUGCCUAACGCCACGAGUCACUGAGGAAGAUUGGUUGAGGACGAACAUCUUUCAGUCUACCUGUACUAUCUCUAGUAAGGUAUAUCGCUUUGUGAUUGAUGCAAGGAGCUGUGAGAACAUUGUAUCUGCCACAGUCAUUCAAAAAUUGGGAAUUGUGACUGAGGAGCAUCCUAGGCCUUACAAGCUUGCAUGGCUCAAGAAAGGAGGCGAGGUGACCGUGUCUCAGCGUGCUUUGAUCUCCUUUUCUAUUGGAUCAAAGUACAAGGACACAAUUUGGAUGGAGUCAAGAUUGUGUUGCUACCUAGCAGAGACAACCCACACUAGCCCAACUAGGGACAACACCAAUCUACUGACCUUGGCAAAGUUUGAGGAGGAGAUUCUACAGUUAAAUGUAGUGUUUGCCCUGAUAAGGAAGGGAGUUGCAGUAGAGGAAGCUAUUCCACAGAUUGCAAAACCAAUUGUGGAUGAGUUCAAGGAUAUGUUUCCUGAUGAACUGCUUGAUGAACUGCCACCAUUGCGAGAUAUCCAGCAUCAGAUUGACUUGGAGCCCGGCGUGGCGCUUCCAAAUCGGCCCCACUAUCGAAUGAGCCCAAUAGAACAUGAAGAACUGUGGUGA